AUGGAGAACCCACUUGAAGAGAAGUGGGGUGGGCGCCUCUUUCCGAAAAUCUCUUACACAAAUCUCCUCAAAGCAACUGAUGGAUUCUCUACUGAGAAUUUGAUUGGAUCUGGUCAUUAUGGAAGAGUGCACAAAGGAAUGCUCAGUCCUGAUGAAACAACUGUGGCGGUUAAAGUACUCAAUCUUCAUCAACGAGGAGCAGCCAAAAGCUUCAUAACUGAAUGCCAAGUUUUGAGAAACAUUAGACACCGUAACCUUGUCAAGGUCCUGACUGCUUGCUCCAGUACUGAUUAUGAAGGCAAUGAAUUUAAAGCUCUAGUAUAUGAGUUCAUGCCAAAUGGAACUUUAGAAAGCUGGCUGCAUCCAAGAGAUGGUCAAUUGCAAACCAGAAAAUUAAACUUUUUCCAGAGGAUAAACAUUGCAAUAGAUGUGGCUUUCACAUUACAUUAUCUUCAUAAUGAAUGUCAAAUGCCUAUUGUUCACUGUGAUAUAAAGCCAAGCAAUAUUCUUCUUGACAAUGACCUUACAGCUCAUGUAAGUGAUUUUGGUUAG